UUCAGGAACCAUCCAGGCUCUAAGCCAGCCUCGGAGAGCUUCCUGCCCCCGCCGCCCCAGAUGGGACCUGCAGGAGCCGCCGUGUCCUUGGUACUAGCGUGUGUUUAAACACUUCUUGUGCUUUGGAUCUUCUCAACAAGCCAACAGCAGGAGGUGCUUUUUAUUCUGUGCCAACAGAAGACAGGUCAACUUUUGAUCCUCUGAUUCAUUGAAUGAGAGAAAAUGAGUCCAGUUUCUCUCUGCUAAACUUCUAUUAGGUGCUGCCCUAAGAGUCUUCGGAUAUCAAGUUACUCUCUGCUCUUGAAACCUCAGUGUUGACUUUGGAAAGACUGUGAUCCUUUGCAAAAAGAAGUUGCCCUCUUUCCAUGGCAGAUGUUUAAACUCGCCUUCCUAAGGGUCAAGAAAAACACCGCUUCAUGGAAUGGGAUUGGGCAGCCCCCAACCAGACCCAAGCCGGCCCCGUCCUGGGGCACCUGCUAGGGGGCCACACGGAGGGAAGAAACAGCAGCAACUCCACCAGGGCCCUGAAGCUUCCGGAUGGGACCAGCGCCGCUUGGUAUAUCCUCACCAUCUUUGGCAUCUACGGGGUGAUUUUCCUCUUCCGAUUGGUCAGCAACAUACUCAGAAAGAAUGAAAAGUCUUUGGAAGACAUUUAUUACUCAAACCUGACAUUUGAACUUGAAAAGAAAGGGCUCCAGAGCAAGGCAGCCAGAUGUUCUUCACUGACCAUUAGCAACAGAGCUAUCCUGCAGCCCAACAAGGCCAGCCUGGAGACAAAGGGUGGGAGCAGCAGCCCCUACACUGAAAUCCAAGAGAUCCCUUGAAAGUCGAGGCAAGGAGGCCUCCGCAGCUGAGGCUCAAACUUCUUGCUUGAGGGAGCAGCUUUGGGCUUACUUGGAACCUUGAGAGAUGAGUCCAGCCCUUGAGUGGGGCUGAAAGAGCAUCACUGAGCCACAGGUGCAGGGGGUUGGUGCCCAAAAGCCAGCAUCCUGUUUCCUGCUCAGGCUUCCUGAUGCUCUGAGAUGAGCAGGGGUAGCAGCUUUCAGCCCUACUCACCCUUCACUGGAAAACUUUAUGCUCCAGGCAAGGACAUGGGACAUCCAGUGUUCUCAGAGGAAUCUGGUAGGCUCCUGGGGCAUGUGUGAAGGUAGCCUCUUGUCAUGGAAAAAAGGCUGAAUUUGGAGCCAAAUGCCUUGGAUGAAAUUCAGCUUCUAGAGGGUCACAUGAACUUUGUCUGGUGGCUCAUGCAGAACAUGUGAGGGUUGGGAUGUAUGGUCUCAGAGGGCCAUCAUUCUGAAGACUCUGUUGAAAAUAUAGGACCAGAAUAGUCAAUAUCAACAUCCUAAUUUUCAGAAGUUCUUCAUUUUCAUUGAGAGUACAGGGUCCAUUCAAAAAAAUGUGCUGGUUUUGGAGUCAGAAGAAUCAGACUCUACUCUGAAUUAGACUCUUGACCACUUUGACGUCCUUGCACACACCACUCACCUCUCCCAACCUUAGUUUCCUUACAGAUAACGAGGAUAAAGAUGCCAGUUUUCUUCCAACCUUGCAAAACAGAUGAGAGCUAAUGAAAUCAUGUAUAUCAAUGUAUUUUGAAAAGUAAAAUAAAUAUGCAAAUAUAAACCUCAUUGUGAUAGUGGCGAUGAUGGUGGCUGAUGUUAAAUUAUGGUGAUGGUAGUAUUGGUGGUGAAUGGUGGUAGUUGAUGGCUGGUGUUAAUGAUAGUGGGGUUGGUGGUGGUUGAUGGUCAGUGUCGAUUGUGGUUUUGGUGGUUGAUAGUUGAGUUGAUGAUGGUGGUGGUGUUGGUGAUUGGUGUUGUUAUUGAUUGCAUUGGUGGUGGUUGAUGGUCAAUGUUGAUGUGGUCUUGGUUGUUGAUG